AAGAGCAGCGAAUGCUGUCGACUAUCAACAAUAGCAGACGACUCGAAGCGUAUGUUUAUCUAAACGAUGAUGAAACGAAAUGCAUAGCAAUAAGCGAAAUGUGUCAUUUUUGGGAGCAUUUAUAGCCGGUGCGUCCUCAGGUGGUUGUUCCACAGUCCUGUUUCAACCUUUUGACGUAGUCAAAACUCGAUUGCAAGAAAAUGCUGCUGUCAGCACCGUACACAGGAAGGGUAUGUUGCAGAUAUUCAGUCACAUUAUCCAGAAGGAAGGACCCAAAACGCUAUGGUCUGGAUUAGUCCCAUCAUUGUGGAGAUGUGUACCUGGUGUAGCUUUAUAUUUUACCUCAUUGGAAGUCAUGAAAAGUGCCAUUUUGUCAGAAGAACAACAGACGUUAGGUCCCUUGCAAGCUUUGGCUGCAGGAGCUUCUGCUCGGUGCAUAGCUGGAGUUGUAUUGAUGCCUUUCACUGUGAUCAAAACCCGGUUUGAGAGUGGGCAAUACAGGUACAGGACUGUAACGGAAGCGUUCUCUUCCAUAUAUCGCCUGGAAGGGAGCCGAGGCUUAAUGACGGGCCUCGGAGCAACACUGGCGAGGGAUGUUCCAUUUUCGGCUGUUUACUACGCAGUCUAUACCCUGCUCAAGCAACAUCAUCCAUCGGGACCGACCAUGGGCAAGAGUUUCAGUUGUGGACUUGCAGCAGGCAUCAUCGCCUCCGUGGCUACUCAUCCAGCGGACGUCAUCAAAACGUCCAUGCAGCUUUUCCCGUCACGCUAUCAGCACCGCACGCGGGAAGCUGUUCUUUCUAUUUACCGCCGGCUGGGAGUUCGAGGCUUCUUUUCUGGUCUGGUGCCUCGUCUAGUCCGCAGAACGCUCGUCUCCGCCUUAUCGUGGACGGUCUACGACAGAGUCAUGCAAUCGUUUCAGGUGGCCUAGAAAAAAAAUCCUUGUGCCUUCCUUCCUUUCAUUGUUUAGUCAGUCGGAUAACCAACAUUGCUUCACGACCAGAAAACGGGAUUGUAUAAAGAAUAUAUUGAGAUUCCCCCCCGUGUUUAUUUUUUUUCCUAAAUAAACUCGACACCGUUUAUGAAAACGAGGAUUUACACA